UCCUCCUCCUCCUCCUUCAGGGUGUGUCUGCUGGGGAACCGUACCCUGAUUUCGAAGAAGUUUGACGUGUGUGCCAAGACCAUCGAGUCGUCCAACGGCACCAUGGUCACCACCCAGCUGUGGAACAUGUUCUGCGACUCGCCCUUCCUCAACGCCACCUGCGACCGCUACUUCAGCGACAACAACGUCACCCGCAUCCAGGGGAUCCCCGGGGUCACCAGUGGGAUCCUAGCAGACAACCUGUUUGGGAACUACUACGAGAAGGGCGACCUGGUGGCCAACAAGGACGCGGCGUCCGUGGAGGGCGUCGACGACCCCAUGACCAACUCCAACAGCUACGUCCUCGCCGACAUCACCAGCUUCUUCACCCUGCUGGUCGGCAUCUACUUCCCCUCCGUGACAGGAAUCAUGGCUGGCUCCAACCGCUCUGGGGACCUCCGUGAUGCCCAGAAGUCGAUCCCCAUCGGAACCAUCGCAGCCAUCACCACGACCUCCCUCGUCUACAUGUCCAGUGUGAUUCUGUUUGGGGCCUGCAUUGAAGGGGUGGUCCUCAGAGACAAGUUUGGGGAGGGCGUCAACGGGAACCUGGUGAUUGGUACGUUGGCGUGGCCAUCACCUUGGGUGAUCGUGAUUGGCUCCUUCUUCUCCACCUGCGGGGCAGGCCUUCAGAGUUUGACUGGAGCCCCGCGCCUGAUGCAGGCUAUCGCUAAAGACGGCCUUGUUCCCAUACUACGGAUCUUUGGCCACGCCAAGGCCAACGGAGAGCCCACCUGGUCGCUGCUGCUCACGGCCUGCAUCUGUGAGAUCGGCAUCCUCAUCGCCUCCCUGGACCUGGUGGCGCCCAUCCUCUCCAUGUUCUUCCUGAUGUGCUACAUGUUUGUGAACCUGGCCUGUGCCUUGCAGACCCUGCUGAGGACUCCUAACUGGAGGCCCCGUUUUAAAUUCUACCACUGGGCUUUGUCCUUCCUGGGGAUGAGUUUGUGUCUUACGCUCAUGUUCCUGUGCUCGUGGUACUACGCCAUCGUCGCCAUGGUGAUCGCCGGCUCCAUCUACAAGUAUAUAGAGUUUUCGGGGGCGGAGAAGGAGUGGGGAGACGGGAUACGUGGCCUGUCACUCAGUGCCGCCCGAUACGCUCUGAUGAGGCUUGAGGAGGGACCCCCACACACUAAGAACUGGAGGCCCCAGCUGCUGGUGCUGGUGAGUAUGGACGGGGAGCAGAACGUGGAGCAGCCCCGACUCCUCUCCCUCACCAACCAGCUGAAAGCGGGCAAGGGCCUCACCAUCGUUGGCACGGCCCUGGAGGGCACCUACCUGCUGAACCACGAACAGGCCCAGCGCGCUGAGCAGGCCCUGCAUAAGCUGAUGGAGACAGAGAAGGUGAAGGGCUUCUGCCUGGCCACCGUGUCCUCCAACCUGCGCGACGCCACCUCCCACCUGAUCCAGUCCAGCGGCCUGGGCGGGCUGAAGCACAACGCGGUGCUGGUCAGCUGGCCCCGCAACUGGAAGCAGGCCGACGAGAGGCAGACCUGGAGGAACUUUGUCGAGCUGGUGCGGGAGACCACGGCGGCCAGCCUGGCCCUGCUGGUGCCUAAGAACAUCGCUGCCUUCCCGUCCAACGGCGAGCGCUUCAGCGAGGGCCACAUCGACGUGUGGUGGAUCGUCCACGACGGAGGCAUGCUGAUGCUGCUGCCCUUCCUCCUCCGCCAGCACAAGGUGUGGAGGAAAUGCAAGAUGCGCAUCUUCACCGUGGCCCAGCUCGACGACAACAGCAUCCAGAUGAAGAAGGACCUGACCACAUUCCUGUACCACCUCCGUAUUGACGCCAUGGUUGAAGUGGUGGAGAUGCAUGACAGCGAUAUCUCGGCCUACACCUAUGAGAAGACCCUGGUCAUGGAGCAGCGCUCCCAGAUCCUCAAGCAGAUCAACCUGUCCAAGAACGAGCGGGAGAGAGAGAUCCAGAGCAUCACUGACUCGUCCCGUGGCUCCAUCCGCCGCAAGAACCCUGCUGCCGUGACAACCCAGCUCAGCGUGACCGAGGACCAACCAGGAGCCAGCAAGGAGGAGAAGCCAGAGGAGGAGGUGCAGCUCAUCCAUGACACCACCACCCCGGCCAGCCCGGCCACGCCCGCCACCCCGCUCACCCCCGAGGCCGUGCAGAGCCCCGGCCAGCAGGUGCAGAUGACCUGGAGUGAGAAGAGUGACGGGGAGCCCGCCAAGGCCCCGGGAGCCGCCACCCCCGAAGGAAUCAAAGACAUCUUCAACAUGAAGCCGGAGUGGGAGAACCUGAACCAGUCCAAUGUGCGUCGCAUGCACACCGCGCUCCGGCUGAACGAGGUGAUACUGAAGAAGUCGUCCGAGGCCAAGCUGGUGCUGCUCAACAUGCCCGGACCCCCCAAGAACCGCAGCGGGGACGAGAACUAUAUGGAGUUCCUGGAGGUCCUCACGGAGGGCCUCAACCGGGUCCUCCUGGUCCGCGGCGGCGGGCGCGAGGUCAUCACCAUCUACUCUUGAGAGGGUGGCCA